GCAGCCUUUAUUACAAGGAAAAAAGUGAAUUUGUGAAACAUAUGAAAAAGCAUUGUAUGUUUUGUGAUGUUUUAUGUGAAAGUGUAAACGAUUUAGAAUUGCACUUAGAGAACCAUCAUGGAGAUGAGCAUGUAAUGAAACAAAAUCGUGAUCAACAACAAGAAAAACUAAAGCAGCAGCAUGAAAAUAAAUCAGCUGUGAAGGUGGAAAAGUUUUGUGGUGAUUGUGAUAAAAUUGUGAAUAAUAUACGAUCACACGUUCGUAGCGAAGAACAUCGAUCCACCGUGAGAAAAAAUCUGGAUUCUGACAUAAAAAUUGUUAAAAGUGCAUUUAACAAAAAUAUACUCAGCUAUGAGAUACAAAACAAUAAAGACAUUUUGUACCCGAUCGAUUUUCUUAAUGCUUCAAAAGAAUUAAUAAUUAAAACCUUGAAAAAUGAGUUAAACGGUAAAACGCUCAUAAAAUUUAAUAUGGAACUCCAAGGACUGUAUGUGAAACCAAACAAUGAAAAAGAUGGACCUUCAACUUCCAAAGAGUUAACUAUUGAAAAUAUAUUUAAUCAUAUUUCAAAAACAACGCUAUUAACCCUGGGAGAUGAUUUGGAAGAGGUCGUUUUCAACCACUGUGUGGAAAUUAUAGCUAAAUCAGAAGAGUUCCAAGAAAGAGGCUCUAAUUGGGCCCUGGAGAAACUUUUAAAACUUGACAUAAAUGUGUUGAGAGCCAACUUAACACGUGGCUCACAUUAUAUUCCAACUCCGAAAUCAUUAAGCAACAAGAAGGGUGCGUGCCUUAACAUCAAAAACUAUGAUGACUUUUGUUUUAAGUGGUGUAUGGUUGUUGCAUUGGGGGAAACUGCAUAUGGAGAUCCGAGUAUAACCUCUUCAUAUAACGUAGACAUACACCAAGAUGUCAUUAUUCUGCAGUCUGGAAUAUCGCUAAAUUUCGAACAAUUAAAUUUCCCAUUGGGUCUUAAAUAUAUAAAAAAAUUUGAAAUGAACAACCCAGAGAUUAGCGUAAAUGUUUUCGGUUAUGAAAACAAGUCGGUCGUUGGUCCAUAUUACUUAACAAAGGAGACGAAAAGCAAUCACAUUAAUUUAAUAUUGCUGCACAACGAAGAAAAUUUCCAUUACAUUUUGGUUAUGGAUAUGUCUUGUCUUAUGCGGUCUCAAUUCACAAGUCAUAAGGAGAAAGGUUACUUUUGUUUUGGAUGCCUGCAAUGUUUCCACGAUGAAAAUAAAUGUAUGACUCACAAAAAGCAGUGUGGAAAAGUAGUCUGUGCCCUGCCGAACAAAAAGAAGCCGUACUAAAGUUCGUCAAUCACAAGAAAAAGGAUAAGGUGCCUUUCGUUAUUUAUGCUGACUCCGAAAGUGUACUGGAAGACGUGCAGGAAGAUGAGAACAAUGGGGCGAGUAAAAAAACGGAAAAGGUAAAGAAGCAUAUUCCAUGUGCUUUUAGUUAUUUUAUUAAAUGUAGUUUUAAUGAAAAUUUAAAUAAGUUAUUUAUAUAUAGUGGUCCCGA